AAACCAGAGAGAGAGAGAGAGAGAGAGAGAGCAUUGGAUUGUGGGUAUCUUGUGUUUCCUCAUAGACAGUAAGUCAGCUGUUGUAGGAAAGUUUUGACAUAGUUUCAGAUCUGCUCCCAAGUGUUCGUUAGAUGUCGCACCUCAUCGGAACUACACUUCCUGCGUGCGCUUUCCAUCCGUCUACUCCACCGAGGCCCAUCCUGUGAAUCCAAACCGCUUUUACGCACCGAACUUUCUAUCUUCAUACAACAACAACAACAACAACACAAUAACCGGUUCCUUGGAGCAACCUUCGGAAUGAGUUUGAACGAGCACUCCAUGCAGGCUCUGUCAUGGAGAAAGCUGUAUUUGAGUCGAGCCAAACUAAAAGCCACAAGUCGCACUUCUGCUCUGCUGUCGGGGUUCGCGAUGGUUGCCAUGGUGGAGGUUCAGCUGGAGCGGGAUCAUAAGUAUCCUCCAGGGCUGCUGAUAGCCUUCAGUGCCUGUACCACAGUCCUGGUCGCCGUCCACCUCUUCGCCCUCAUGAUCAGCACCUGCAUCCUCCCUAACCUCGAGGCCGUCAGCAAUGUUCACAACCUCAACUCUGUCAACGAGUCUCCCCACGAGCGCAUGCACCGCCACAUAGAACUGGCCUGGGCUUUCUCCACAGUCAUCGGCACCCUCCUCUUCCUCACGGAGGUGAUGCUCCUGUGCUGGGUGAAGUUCUUGCCCCUCAGAAGCAAGGACAGCAACAGCACCAUAAGUUCUGGUGAGGCCGCAGCCAUCGCUUCCACCUGCAUCAUGGUGCCGUUUGGACUCGUUUUUAUCAUGUUCGCCAUCCACUUUUACCGCACACUCGUCAGUCACAAAACGGACCGGCAGAUCCGGGAGCUGGAGCAGGUCAUUCGGCUCCAGAACCAGCUGGACAACAGGCCUGAGAAUGACGACCUGAAGGCCCCUGUCCAUUACCCUUGAUUAUUGCUAGUUAACAGCAGCGGACACUCACCAGUGCUUUUAUUGUGAAAUCUCAUAUAAAAGCUUUAUUUUUUAUCCUUUAGAACUUUGAAACUGAAAGCUUCAUCUGUUGAGCAUUGCAGGUUUUGACUCAGUCCACUUUCGGAUAAUGCAUGUUCACAAACCUCUACACAUUAUAUAUUAGGAAAAUUGUUUUUACCUUUUAACUUGAAGGGAAAUCUUUUGCUCUCAGGCACUAACAUUUAACUGGCUUGUUUAAUGACAUGUCAUAUUGUAACAUUACGUCUUUUAGGGCUAAAACCACUUAAGGACUUCAUAUCUGCACUUGAGUGUACAGUCAUAGAAAUCAUAGGGAUACCCACUUUUUAUUAUUUUAGAUAAAAUAGCCCGCUAUUACAACACAGAUACUGUACAGUACUGACAAAUAUGUUGCUUUUUAGUCGUUGAUAUCCAAAGAAAACAAGAUUUUGUAUCACCAACACUAGAGAAAUCUGGGUUAAAUUGACCUGAGGAAGAUCCACAUCAAAUCAAGACGACUGAGGCUGCCUUCGAGCCUGUUUUAUAGUUCUGGUUGACAAAUUGUGGUGCUGCUCUGUGGUGUGUAGUUUACACUCACUCACUGUGUUGCUGAUAGAGGUAUACAGUAAAAGUCACCACCGCUGCAGGCAGCAUCCACCUAUUGCCUCAAUACUGUCCCAUGGUGGGUUGUACUGAUUUCCCCUGUUGUCACGUUUGCCUGGCUUUUUAAAUGGGGUUUAAAAGGGAGCGUUGCCAAGUAGAAUUGUUUCGAUACUACUUAAAAUGCGGUAGGGGGUAUCGGGCGAGUACGUGUGUCUGCGCACCAAUCCAAUACCAUGUAAUUUAUGUUUUUCUUAUCGCACAUGUAUCAGAUCGACACUCUGUAUCAGCUGAUACGUAAAGUUCUCUUCAUUAAGGAAACAAUGGUAUCAGAACGACUUUAUUAUCAAUACAUGUGUCCAUAUCCAGGGUGUAAAGUGAGAUUCACUGUCUGCAUGCUUUAAAACCAAAAUUAUGGAACAAGGUACAUUUAUUUAGCUGAUGCUUUUAUCCCAAAGAGACUUAAAAUCGGUGCAUUCAAUAUGCUAACUGCCAUAUUUAGAAACAGUAAGAUAGAGAAAGAGGUUUUUACGAGGCCUUCGUGCUUUCAUUUGUAUGUUACACACGUCCACGGUCACUGUACUGAGUGGUUGCUUAUAGGAACUUUUUUAUUUUGUUUUAGGUUGUGUCAAAUGUUCUCUCCUUUCCUCUCCACGUACUCAGAGUUUUUUUAGUCUUCCGAACAAUCCUUCUUGUGCCAAAAAUCUGUACUCAAAGGAAACUGUUUAGGUCUUUUAACAAAAAACAGAUAUAUUAAUGUUAACAGUAUUUCUGUGAACUCUGAGGCUGAAGAACACGUUUGUACUGCAUUGCACAUAUUUAAAAAAAAUUUGCCCAGUGGUGGAAUCUGUUUCCAAGAACUCAUUUUUCUUCUUUUAGAGGAGUCUUAUCUAAGUGAGUCUCGGGUAAAACAAUUGAGAAACUUACUUUUGCUUUUGCAAUUGGAAUAUACUGUAAUCUGUGAAAAUGGUUACUGGCUUUGGAGAAGUAUUGUUUAAUGUAUUAUUGCAAGGCAUGCACGUAUUGAAAAUGUUGUGUUUAUGUAAUGUUUUGUACUCUUUAUAGUUUACAAGCUUGAGCAUGGCCACACGUUGUUAAAGUGUGUUUUCUUUUUGUCCUGUGGCACAUUGUUGAACUGUUUAACUUGGGUCUGACCAUUUUCUUUUUCUCUGUUGUCUUUCUUUGUAACAUUGGUACAAGUAUAUUAUUAGCACAUAAUAUUCUCCUCUAAAUAUGUUGGAAUAGUAAAGUUUUAACGUAAACAUGAGAUUUUAAACUUUGUAAAAACUUCAACUAAUCGCUCAGACUUUUAUUUGAUUCAAUCACUGAACUCAAAUGUUUAUCCAAAGAAUUUCUAUAAAAUUCAGACCAGGCAUCUAAUUGAGACCUGCGUUAAUUGUAGCCACAGCAGGUUACUAACAGGGACCUGAGUCUAAUUGGGACCCUUGCUUUUAAUUGAAGUUUUACUGUAUUUGAGAAUAAUAUAUCCUUGUUUUUAUUUAUGCCUUUGGUCAACCAGUACAGCCAUUUUCUUCUUUGAGAAGAAUACACGUUUGUAUUUUUAUCAUGUGACUUUGGAUUCUUGCUGUAUUAUAUCAAAGUAAUGCUGUGGUUAUUAUUGCAAUGUCGGUUUAGUCCCUAUUACCCACCCUUACACAUGAUUUAUGCUGAGUCAUGGUAAUGUAAUAGCUGCUGUAGACCACAAGCUCCUUAAAUUUGCAUUCAGAUUGUCCCGAGAUAUCUCUGUGACACGUGACGUAGCAGAGAACAAGGAGCCACACAGGGUUAAUAACUUACAGGCUGUUGGUCUUUAUUCUCCAAACCACUUGUUGAUGGUGUUUCUCACAAGGAAUUCAAUGUUUUCUCUGGAACGCCUCUGAUAGGAACUGCCACAUGUGCCUUCUUUAAAAAAACAGAUCAAUGCAAACAAAGGCCUUUUUCUUCGGUUCAUUUUGUGGUUUAUUUAUUGAACCUUGUGUAUGUUAUUGUAUAUAGAAAGGUUCCACUGCUUGUGCACAGCUUUAAAAUGAAUUUUCAGUAAAUACUGUAUUGUAAGAUUUGCUCAUGUGUGGUGUUUUUGUGCAGCUUUUUACUGUUAAUCAUAUCCAGGACUUUUUCUUGUUGUUGUUGUUUGAGAAUAAAACACAUCUGAGAUGAUC